AUGCGCCGAGCCGCCCUUAACAAGUCCAAGAACCGCUCACUCGACAUUCCUCCGCCAGCUGCAGAUUCAACGUCACCCAUUAUUGAUCCGUCUGUGAACCUCGUCGAGGCUCUUCGGUGGGAUGAGGCUUUCCAGACCGAUCAUUCCCAAUCCAUCAAUAUCGUCACUGUCAUCGACAACGCCCCUCACGAUUUCGAGACAUAUUCACAGACUCACACGGGCCAGUCCCAGUAUAAUUCUGCUCCCAUCUCCACUCCCGAGCAGUCUUAUGUCCUUCCCGAGCCUGUGAUCGAUUCGCCCAUGACAGAUGCGCUCUCUGAGGAAGUCGACUCCGUUGCCGCUAUCGCCGCCACCAAUGCGACUUGCUUCGCUGUAGGAACCACCGAUUCUACUUUUACAAGCUCUGGCUUCAUACAUCAGGAAAACUACACCCAAUACACGUCAAAUACGUAUAUCAAUGUCUACAACUCCGAAUCAGAAACCCCCGAGCCUGAUUCCAAUUCCGAUCCCGACCUAGACCAGGACCAGAAUCAAGACGAAGACACCGACGUCGACUCAGAAGCUUCCAUUAAUGCUCCCCAGCUUGAAGAUCCUGGGACAUCAUCUGCACUUUUCGAUCUACAUUCUGGCUACGUUCCCCAAUACCAGAACGUCGACUAUGACCUUGAGAUGAGCGACAGCGAAGGAGGCGCCCCUUUGAACGACGACAAUUUCAGCGAACCUGAGAACCCAUCGCAUCACCAUCAUACUCUACUUGAAGAGGACAAUGACGGGACAGCCCCCGUCACAGGCCCAAUUAACUAUCUAUCGCAAUCUCUCAUACCAUCCACCGUAGCCGAUCCCGGUUUAAUCAUGGAUGCCGUUCCACCACCGGCGCCAUGGGACAUCGUACCUGGCGACAACGCGGCCGAGCCGCCUCAAACUCAAACUCCUGAACCGAUGACUCCUAUCGGUCUUCCGUUUAUCAGCAAUCCCAACCCGUCUAUGUUUGGGUCUGAAAACCUGGGCUUGGUUGAUUUCCUGAGGCACUGGGCAUAUCAGGCUCGGUUUGCUUCUUCAUCACUUGCGCCACGACUAAACGCGCCUUGUCCAGAAGACAUUCGUCGACAAGCACGCGAAAAUCCUCGUGAGAUUGGUUACGACGACCUUCUUGGCGAUCGCUGUGAUAUGCAGGGCUUGGAUUGGGAGUCCAUGAACACCACUCGGAGGUAUGCACGCCAAAGACGCAAUGAUACUUUCAAGAAUUAUGUCAACAAGGAGGGCUCAGACAGAUGGAGCCCUCAUAUGGUUGAUGUUGAUAUCCCCCCUUCUGAGAGUUUUAUGAGAUUCAAGAGAUACACCAUCCGUCAGGAUGUCUAUCUUGCUCAUUUUCAGCUUCGCAGUGUCUUGGCUUGUCCAUCGAUGUCACAAGUCUACUACCCUCGGGGCGAUGGAGUCAACCGUAUCAAUCUCGCUUCUGGACAGACAGAACUUGCCCUCCACAAUAAUCACAUAACUGGCCUCGGAGCUCUUGUUUCUACCCUCGAUGCGAACCACGGGGCAUUGUUUGCGGGGACAUUCAACGGCGAAUACUACCUGAAAAGCUUAGAGUCUGACGACAAGAAAGACUACUCUGAAGGGACUAUCACCGAACACAUGGGCGGUAUCACCAAUCAUGUUCAGAUCUACAAGCCUCGGCAAUCUUCUGGGCCCGUAGCCGCCAUCUCAAGCAACGACCAUGGAUUCCGUCUUUUGGAUCUAAAUACAGAGCAAUUCGUGAUGCAGAGCAGGUAUCGGUUCCCGCUCAACUGCUCACGCAUCUCCCCGGACGGCCGUUUGAGAGUAAUGGUUGGGGACGAUUUCAAAGUCCUCAUUACUGAUGCUGAUACUGGCGAGAUCCAGCAGGAGCUGUCUGGACAUCGUGAUUACGGGUUUGCCUGCGACUGGUCUGACGAUGGCUGGACAGUUGCUACCGGUUUUCAGGACAAGGGUGUCAAGAUUUGGGAUGCUCGCCGUUGGUGCGAUUCGAGGGGAGUGAGCACGCCUUUGUGCACCAUCAGGUCUGAGAUGGCUGGAGUGAGAAAUUUGCGUUUCUCCCCAGUUGGCAGCGGCGAAAGAGUCCUUGUCGCUGCUGAGGAGGCUGAUUAUGUCAACAUCAUCAAUGCCCAAACGUUUGGAAAGAAGCAGACCGUGGACAUCUUUGGUGAGAUCGGUGGCGUUGCGUUCACGAACGAUGGGCAAGAUCUCAACGUGCUUGUGAGCGACCGAGAUCGCGGUGGUCUACUCCAGCUCGAACGAUCGGGCCUCGGACCUGAACCUUACUUCCGCAAUUCGUGGCGCCGUUAUCAUGACCAUGCGACAGAUCAAUGGCGCUAUCGAAGCGAUGAAUACUCACAUCUUGGUGAACCCUGCCAACGCAGACCUAUAUCAACAGACGCUUUGCCCAUCUUCUGA